AUUAAUUAGGUUUCUAGAAGGAAUAGGUUUCGAGGUGGAACUUGAGACAGAAUUUCACAAAGAAAGCAACUUUAGGGGCUUCGGAAACGGGUAAAGCACAAAUGGAGGGACUGAUAAUCCCAUCCCUCGCAUGUGCGGGGCUGUUGUAACGCGAGAUGAGGCCGACUCAAUCCACUCCGAGAAGCGUUUAUAAAACGCCAAUUUGAGGCAUCAGAACUUUCCUCCUCCGCAUCCGGGAGCCAUCGAAGGUUCUCAGCAGGUGAGGGGCAUGACCGGAUUGGCCAGCGGAAGGAUGAUCAGCAUUUUAAUUUCUCCGGCGCUCUCUUCAGCCCUCUGCCCGCACCUCAGGCCGGCUUUGCGGUAGGUGGUGUUGGGGCUCUCGGGCAAAGCGAAGCGCAAGGCAGCAGAGAGCAGACCGGCUAUGCUGCCGCGUCCGGCUGGGGCCGCCAAGCCGCUGCCGGGCGUUGCACCUGGGCCCGGCCCGGCCGCCCAUUGGACGGCUCCGGAUGACCCGGCUGUAUCGCGAGACGAGAUUGGCAGCGGCGGGGCCGCAUGUGCCCCCGCGCUGGCUUUGUACGCGGAGCCGCCUGCCGGUCCUUUAACAAUGGGCGGCGCGAGCGCCCCGGCGCUGGGCCCGAGCUGAGGCCGGCGCUUCGCGGCCGACUGUCCGCAGCAUGAGCGGGGCCGGCGUCCCCCGCACGCUGGCGGGGCUGGGCCUGUGAGGGCCGCGGUUCCGGACUUAAGUUGCCGCGUCUGGCCAGGCGCGCCGCCCGGUCCCAUGGAGCUGGAGGGUCAGUGGUGGCGGGGACAGCUGGCUGCAGAUAUCCAUCAAGCUCUUCGAUACAAGGAGCUGAAGUUACCUUCCUACAAAGGCCAGUCCCCUCAACUAAGUCUUAGAAGGUAUUUUGCUGACUUGAUUGCCAUUGUGAGCAAUCGUUUCACCCUCUGCCCUUCUGCCCGACAUCUUGCUGUCUAUUUGCUGGACCUGUUUAUGGAUCGGUAUGACAUCUCUAUCCAGCAGCUGCAUUUAGUUGCACUUUCCUGUCUGCUUCUAGCAAGUAAAUUUGAAGAAAAAGAAGAUAGUGUGCCUAAGCUGGAGCAGCUCAACAGCCUGGGUUGUAUGACUAAUAUGAAUCUAGUAUUAACAAAACAAAAUUUGCUACAUAUGGAACUAUUAUUAUUAGAAACCUUUCAGUGGAACCUCUGCCUUCCAACAGCUGCCCAUUUCAUUGAGUAUUAUCUCUCCGAAGCUGUGCAUGAAACCGAUCUUCAUGACGGCUGGCCAAUGAUUUGCUUGGAAAAAACUAAACUCUACAUGGCCAAGUAUGCAGAUUACUUCCUGGAAGUAUCUUUGCAAGAUUAUGCCUUUCUAAAUUAUGCACCUUCUUUAGUAGCUGCAGCAUGUGUGGCUUCUUCAAGGAUUAUACUUCGUCUUUCUCCAACGUGGCCUACAAGACUGCAUCGUCUUACUGCUUACUCCUGGGAUUUCUUAGUUCAGUGCAUUGAACGGCUAUUGAUCGCUCAUGACAAUGAUGUGAAAGAAGCAAACAAACAGAGAGGACAGGCAGGACCUCAGCCAGCACAACUAAGUGUGUUCCAGACAGCCUCCCAGCCCUCUCGGGCAGUUCACUUUCAGCAGCCUCAGUAUCUCCAUCAGACGCAUCAGACCUCGCUGCAGUAUCGCCAUCCUGUAUCGGAACAACCAAGCUGUCAGCAGAUUGUAUCUACCACACACACCUCAUCUUACACACUACCGACAUGUCCUGCUGGCUUCCAAACUAGUGUUCAGGGCCUUGGGCACGUGCAGACUGGUGUUGGGAUGUCACUGGCAAUACCAGUAGAAGUUAAGCCCUGUCUUAAUGUUUCUUAUAACCGGAGUUACCAGAUAAAUGAACAUUACCCUUGCAUUACUCCAUGCUUUGAAAGGUGAUUUUAUGAGAAGGUAAGACUGGUAACCCAGACUGUUUGUGACUCAAAGCUCUGGGGCAAGCUUUUUGUAAACUUCUCUUCAAAAGGAAAGGGAUCCAAAUGGCAUCAGAACUCUUCCGACACCAGCACCAGGAAGACUGAAUAUCCCUUCCAAUGCACCAUGAAUAUCUGGGAGGACUAAGCUAACACUGCAAACACUUUAACAGUGUGUAUGUCAAAUGCUGUUAAAAUACAUCCUUAUAUGACACAAAUUUUAAAGCCCCAACUGAUGGUCCAAAUAUUUCAAAAACAUUCAACACAAGAGAAAACCUGGACAGACUUCAAUUUGCCGUUUUGUGAUUUGACCUGUGGUGGCCUCUGGGCCUAAAGUUGGCUUAUAUGUCAGAAACUAAUGUUUAUCUGUGGACUUGCCAGUCUUCUUAUGAAGGAAAGUUACAGUAUUAAUUUUUGAAGAGGUCCUUUUUUUUAUUCUGCAGUUUUGAGUUAUAUUUUUGAUCUACAAAUGAAUUUCUGACUAAGUUUAAACUCAUGAAUUGCUAUGAUAUACCAGUCUGUGCAGUUAAAAAAAUUUUUUUUAGAUAUUCUAUAUAACUUCCUUAUCACAGGUAGUAUAGGUAUCUGGAUUUAUGUACUAAAAUUAAGGGUGGAAUAGCUCUCUUAUCUUAAAAUCAUGGUCAUAAAUUUUUGUUGUUUUUUCCCCUAAAGAUCAGCCUCAAAUAUUUAGAAUUAAACACAUUUAACUCAGGGAAUUUGAACUACUUGGAAACUCUUAACUGUAAUGCAACAUGCUUUGGGAAUGUUAUAGUAUGAACUACCUUAAUAACAUAGGUUAGUAUACUCCUGCUAGAAUGUGUUUUCAAACGAGAACAUAAUUGUAUCCUAGAAUGAAUGAAGUGGUGGUUCCUAUCAUUCAUAAUACAUAUAUGAGUUUUGCAUUUCUCAGUGCAAUCAAUGAUUUAUACUCAGAUUUGAUAUUAUUCUAAAAAAGUUUUUUCAAGGGAAGGCAAAACUGUAAAAUGUCAGUACUAGAAUAAAGUCCCAUAGGUUUAUUUUGAAGUGGAACAUGGCCAGGGUAGUUCUCAGGUUGUGCUAGAGCAGCACUUUGUUACAUGGAAGACAGGUUUUAUAAGCAACCUUUGAAUCCAGCUAGUCAAGAGUAAGCAGGCAAAGGUGACUUUCAUUAGAUUGGCCCCAGGACUGCCCUGGGACAUGUCACUAUACUGGUGAUGAGUGAAAACAGCAAUAAGUCAUUACAGCAAGGGCAAUUUGGGGGUAAAGAGUUUGGAGGGAAUAAACUGAAAAAGUAAAAAGAAAAAAAUCAUUGUAAUAACUGAAACUGUAUACAUUGUGCUCUUAACUGUGGGAGAAGAGAUAUUUGGUGGAGGGAAGCUUUCUGAUUUAAAAAUUAGUAAGUUGUGUCUUUUUGUUUGUGUUUUUUUAAAGGUAGCACUUGAAUAGAAGGGAAACUGCAUGGCAGGUAUGUAACUGCCACAAUAUGCAUUGAAGACAAACUUAUUAUAAAGAUGUUGUGGGUAUGCAGCAGGAGUCUCAGUAAUCAAGCCAAUGGCUUUUGUUAGGAAGGGAAGGGACUCAGCACAGCAGCGGAUCGAUCCAGAUGGCUCCAGUAGAUGAAUGUGGGUGGGUGGCUUCUGUCAGCAUGAAUUCUUAGAGAAUAUCCUUUCCUUUAAAGAAAGGUAACUUUUAGAGUACAUAAGUACAUAGGGCAUGAUGUGGAGUUAUUAGUCUGGUAGAUAAAAUGAAAAACCACUCAGGUAAGAACACUCACUCAUGGCAGUUUUCAAGCAUGAAAAUUGUUUUCUGAAAGUAUCACCACUUUCUCUUUACAGAAGGCUGCUAAUUGGAUUUUGGUAGUUCUUACCUCAACAGAACUUGAAUUAUUUGGGGGAAGGUGGGUUCAAAAGAGAAUAUAUCAUUCACAUUCAGAACCUAGCAACCUGGACCAAUUUUCAGUAUUUUAACUACCUCAAUAAUACUAUGAAUGUAAGAUACUGGGAUAGAGAUCCCAACUUGAAACAACAACUGGUGCCUAUGGUAAUUUAAUGUCUUGUCAAAUGCUUUUACUGACUGGUUUAAAUGUCAUUCUUGUUAUAGAAUAUGCCUUUUUAAAAAUCCUAUAAUAACACUUUCCCAGUUUAUAUUUAAAAAAGCUAAAGAACACUGGAUUAAUUUGGGGGGGGGGCGGUGUAGAGUAAAAUAAAUAAUUGGUUCCUGUCGCUGCAUACCCAGGGUGGGGUGGGAUGGGGUGGUUGGAGAACCAGAACUAUUUUUAAAACAUUAGGUUUCAAUAUAAAUACAACUCACAACUGCUAGCUUCAGGGGGUGUGGGUGGGGGAGUGGUGUGGGUUUUGUUUUGUUUAAUUUAUUGAUUAGUCUUUAAAGUAGGUUUUUUUGUUUUUUGAGAUUACCGGACCAUCAUUAAAUGUGUACUGUGAAGAAAUUAAUGAUAUGCAUAAAGGGCUUUACCAAAGUCCACUAAAUAAACACUGAAGUACAGACUGCAAACCAAAAUGUAUCUGUUAUGACAUUAAUUGCAAAUAGCGGUAUGGUGCUGAAGUCCACACCAAUGGAAUUAGAUGAGUGCUAUGCACUUAAUUUUAAAAUAAAACUAGUUUUUGGUAAAA